CUCGGAAAAAAAAACCAGGCCCCGACACGACCCUCUCUCGCGAUCCCGGCGCAACGGCCCGGAGGAUACGGCGGCGGCGUGCUCCCCCUCUCUCCCUCCUUGUCGGCGCGAGCUCGGAUACGACCCAGAGGUGGACUGGGAAGCCGCCGGAGAGACGAACUCAAUCCUCCAUUGAAGACCGGCUGGCUGCUGCCUUCUACCUACCCCCCUCCCCAGCAGCAGAUCCUCGGCGCGACCCUCUUAUUCCAUCCCGGCGCGAGCUCGAAGGGGAUCUCGAGGUGCAGCGGUGCGAGCACGGCGGCGCCCGCAGCGACCCCCAUCACCGGCGUCCGCUCCUCCCAAAAAUUAUCUUGCCACGAGCUCGUGAGGUGAAAUUUGAUUGAAAAGAUCGAAGGCUAACCAAGUUAGGGGAAACCAUCAAAUCUCCAGAGGAAGAAACCUGCUCCUCUGCUCGAACUCCCAACUCGGAGAUCUCGGGCGGCGCCGGAGAGAUGGGGGCGGAAGUCGACGCACUGUACGAGAUCGGCCGCCACGCGACUGGAUCCCACGAAAUCCCUUGUGAAAGAGACGAAACCGCUCGAGCGAGCGGCGGCAGUUCAGGUGAAGGAGGAGGCGUCCUCUCGUAUCUCUCCUUCCAAGGCGUAAGUAAGCUCAGGGAGAGGUGGAGCAGGUACAACACUCUUGGGGGGAGUAAGCGGAGGAAGAGGGAAAAUGCAGCAUCCUUGUUCGUCUCGCGGAAUGCGGAGUAUGUUGCUGUAGCUGUUGGGAACCGCAUUUAUAUCUUGAGAAAGAGCGAUGGCUAUGAAUCACCCUGCGGCAUAUAUACAAACUGUUACAAGUUUUCGGAGCCGGAUAAUAGCGGUGAUGGCUCAGCAUGGGACAGUCGUAUCAUCAGGCUUCGUUUAUUGUGGUACAACGACUUGCUGGAGACAUUCUUGGGAAUUAUUAUGGGAAGGUACAAAGCAAACUGAAUGUCAGCAAGUUGAUUGGCUUCCCUUCAAAGGAACAUUGACACCAAACCAUCUCAGGCCAUCACCGCUACCAAAACGAGUAAAUAUGCCAUCGCCCCCAUGCUGUGAGCAAGCUACUCCAAAACAGGUCUGCAGGAGUACGCAAACCACACACUGAUGAAGUACCAAAGCAUAGUAAUAUAACAAUCACGAAGAUCAGAUCAAAAACUGCAUUUGUACUGACUUGUGUUUCUCAAUCCAAACUACCAGUCAGAAGAGAAGCUUGGGAUACUGUUACGGGAGCAGAAUGCCCGUGGCCUAGCCAACAUAUCAGAGAUGCGCAUAUCGUUACAGUCAUCAAUGUUGACUUCCACGGACAAGCUCAUGCAAUGUUUAGCUGAAAACUGCACAUAUUGCGAGAUUUAUGGACUGUGGUCGAUAACAAGUUUACAGGAAACAAUCCAUUGUCAUUGCUGUUGAUUGGCUACAAAACAUUGUACCAGCAAUUCUUCUGUAACACAUCACACGGCAGUAUUUCAGUAGAAAAUAUAUCGGCAUACACAAAGAAAGGUACAAUCCUAGAAUAAGGCUAGUAUGAUGCAACCGA